AUGCCGGCCCCGAGCGGGCAGACGCACUUGGUCUCGGGCAGAAUCGUGGGCGCCGGCGCGAACGAGCCCGAGUGGACGCAGGAUGAGUUGCAGUACUUCGCGACCUUGCGCGCGACCAGGUUGGACGUCGUGGUGGCGAACGACAGCCGCAAGGCGAUCCCGGACAGGGACGGGAAGUACGUCGUGAAGAACGCCGACGGCACCUGCUCGGCCACGAUGAACGCCAUCCUCCCGGACCUGCCGCUGUCCGAGUUCAACCUCGGAGUCGGUGUUGAUUCCUGUAGUUCCUGCUACAAGCCCACCUGCCCCGGCGCAGAAAGCUGCGCGACGCUGUACGCGAUCUCAGACUUGGUCGUUACCUAUGCGCAGGUGAGUCCAUCUCGUCUCUGUCUGCAAUGGUCCACAAUCCAUAUCCUAACGAACGAUGAUAUCCAGCAGUCCGAGCCGACCUCUACCCCUACGCUCAACUCCGCUCCAACCUCCGCUCCAACCCAGCAGAUGCCAACUAAGCAAGCUUCCAUCGACGAGAGUGACACCGAAGAUGAAGAAAACUGGCAAGACAAGCUAGUCAUCAAAGCAACGGAAUGCAUUUUCAAUGACAUCCAGCUCUCUGCUCCGCCCUUUCCGUUCAGACAACGCUGGGAUAUGGAUGCCCGUGAGGUGAUCAGCGAGCGGAAGAACCGGGGAACGAAGCGCAAGAGAAGGGAGUAUGAAGAAUACGAGGACGAGGACUACGAGUACUAUAAUCAUGAGGACAUUCGGAGGAUAUACGACGGGCUCAUGGCUGCUGCUCUUGCUAAUGUUGCUGUCGCGGAUACCGGUGUUGCUGGCCCGGUGAAGCGGCGGAAGAAGGCGAUGAGGAAGAGGAAGCAGGGUGGUGCUGCUGCUGGUGAAGGUGUCGCCGGUCCUGCAGGCGGCUCAGCUUAG